UCUCCAGAAGACGCCACGCCUCCGCUCGCGGCCGCGCCGGGACAGGUCGGGCUGUCGUCACUUCCGCCGGGCUGCUCACUGCAUCCGGGUUACCAGCCGCGGUUGCCGCCGUAUCGCUGAGGCUGGGGGCCUGGGCCUGGGUAUCCGCUGCCGACCGAGGGGAGCGGGCUCCCCUCGGUGCUGCUUUUGCGACCUGGCCGUCAGCCCCACGUCGCCGGCCUGGAGGGGCGAAGAGGACGAGGGGGCCAAGGCUUCCCCCGGGAACAUUGGCUCUCUGGAUUAUCAGGAGUUUGCAGUUGACAUCGAAUCCAGGCUAAGGAUGGAAGGUGUGGAACUUAAAGAAGAAUGGCAAGAUGAAGAUUUUCCAAUACCUUUACCAGAAGAUGAUAGUAUUGAAGCAGAUAUACUAGCUGUAACUGGACCAGAGAGCCCGCCUGGCUCACUAGAAGUUAACGGGAAUAAAGUGAGAAAGAAACUAAUGGCUCCAGACAUUAGCCUGACACUGGAUCCUAGUGAUGGCUCUGUGUUGUCAGAUGAUUUGGAUGAAAGUGGGGAAAUUGACUUAGAUGGCUUAGACACACCAUCAGAGAAUAGUAAUGAGUUUGAAUGGGAAGAUGAUCUUCCAAAACCCAAGACUACUGAAAUAAUUAGGAAAGGCUCAAUUACAGAAUACACAACAGCAGAGGAAAAAGAUGAUGGACGACGCUGGCGUAUGUUCAGGAUUGGAGAACAGGACCACAGGGUUGAUAUGAAGGCGAUUGAGCCCUAUAAAAAAGUCAUCAGCCAUGGAGGAUAUUAUGGGGAUGGAUUAAAUGCCAUUGUUGUGUUUGCUGUCUGUUUUAUGCCUGAAAGUGGUCAACCUAACUAUAGAUACCUGAUGGACAAUCUUUUUAAAUAUGUUAUUGGCACUUUGGAGCUGUUAGUAGCAGAAAACUACAUGAUAGUUUAUUUAAAUGGUGCAACAACUCGAAGAAAAAUGCCCAGUCUGGGAUGGCUCAGGAAAUGUUAUCAGCAAAUUGAUAGAAGGUUACGGAAAAAUCUAAAAUCUCUAAUCAUUGUACAUCCCUCUUGGUUUAUCAGAACGCUUUUGGCUGUUACAAGACCAUUUAUUAGCUCAAAAUUCAGCCAAAAAAUUAGAUACGUCUUUAAUUUGGCAGAACUAGCGGAACUUGUCCCUAUGGAAUAUGUUGGCAUACCAGAAUGCAUAAAACAAGUUGAUCAAGAGCUUAAUGGAAAACAAGAUGAACCGAAAAGUGAACAGUAAGUUUGGCAUCUAGUCCAAACAAGACUGAAGAAUGUGCUGAUGAAGCGAUGAUCUUUUUUGCAUUUAUUGGUGGCGCAUAUUUUUAUGUAAACUGUUACAAAAUUGACUUGACAUUUUCGUAAUGGACUUUUGUACAAGGGACUGUUCACUGCUGUAUUGGUUUGCAAAUCUCUUGAAUUUAGCUCUUUAAUAGCUAACUAUAUUGUGAUCAUUUUAUAUUGCUAAAUAGCAGAGAACCACACUUUAUAUAAAGCAACUUUUGCAUUUGUUAAUUGAAUGAUACACCUUCUUCAGUAAAAUAUUUAUAUGCAUAAAUGGCAAAGGAAAGAAAUAAUAUAUAUUUUUAUGUUUUUGAGCAAUGUUUUUUCAUGUGUACCUGUCUUGUGGAAGAAUAUGCAGGUAAAUAAGACCAUGAUUUUAUAAAGUGCAUAUUAGAAUAUUUGUUUUUAUAAAUGGUUAAAUACAUUUCCUAGGUAACUUAGAAAAUUAGGUUGCUUACAAGAGAGUGGACAGUUAAACUGAUUCUCAUGAAUACCCAAAGAUCAUGUACAUAAUCUAAGUAGAUUAGUACCAUCCCAAGAUGUUUUCUUACUUGAUGUAUAUUGUUACUUAAUUCAGAAGCGCAAAUGCAAGUGCAUUGCACACAGUUUCCUUUUGAAACAUAAAGACAAGUCUUUUUAAAAAGCCAUUUUUAGAACCAGAGCAUUUAAGAGACUAGGAAUUAGGGUUUGUAAAGAUGUAUAUAUGUGACAUUUUAUUUUCUGGCCUAGAGUCAGAACUUUAUACAAAUCUUGAGUUUGUUCACCAAUGUGAAAUAAGCUGUAUGUUAGGGUAUUGCUCCCCUGAAUGUGUGAGUGCUGUGUAGUAUUGCAGAGAAUGUGAUGAGUUACACUCUGACACAACGUUAACUGUACUUUUUAAAUUGCUCUCACUGUGGGCACUUUACCAAGAUACUUCCAUAUCAGUUAUUUGAACUCAGUAGUUUUUUUUACCUAGUUAGAUAUGGUGUGUUUUCAGGUUUCUGUUAAAUCACGUUUGAUAAUAGCAUAAAGAAGGUUAAUUUUGUAAGUCUCAGAGCAUGAUUAUAUUGUGCUGUUUUGGAUGACACAUUUGAUAUAAGCAUAUAAACUGUGUCAUUUGGUAAGUAUCUUUACAUUAAAAUAAAUUGUGCUUGGGUCUCCAAA